AUGACCCAGGGCGGCCAGCGGGGUCUUGGCAGACCGAUGCGUCCCCCAGCACGGCCCAUGGCCUCCCCGCGCCUGGGGACCUUCUGCUGCCCCACGCGGGACGCGGCCACGCAGCUGGUGCUGAACUUCCAGCCGCGGGCCUUCCACGCUCUGUGCCUCGGCAGCGGCGCGCUCCGCCUGGCGCUCGGCCUCCUGCAGCUGCUAACCGGCCGCCGGCCCGCGGGCCCCGCGGCCCCCUCCACCGCCCCACCCGCCUCGGUGCGCAUACUGCGUGCCGCCGUCGCCUGCAAUUUGCUCGGCUGCUUGGGUAUCAUAAUCCGGUCUUCGGCGUAGUUAGGACUCCCAGAUUUCGUUGAGAACAUCUCCGAUGUGAACAGAACAGACAUCUGGCCUGCCACUUUCUGCAUGGGGAGUGCAAUGUGGAUCCAGCUGUUGUACAGCGCCUGCUUCUGGUGGCUGUUCUGCUACGCAGUGGAUGCCUACCUGGUGAUAUGGAGAUCGGCAGGACUGAGCACCAUCCUGCUGUACCACAUCAUGGCCUGGGGCCUGGCCACCCUACUCUACCUGGAGGGAGCUGUCAUGCUUUACUACCCUUCUGUGUCCAGGUGUGAAAGGGGUCUGGACCACACCAUCCCCCUCUAUGUCACCACGUACUUGCCACUGCUCCUCGUCCUUGUGGCCAACCACAUCCUGUUCCAAAAGACAGUGACGGCAGUGGCCUCUUUACUAAAAGGACGACAAGGCAUUUACACGGAGAAUGAGCGACGGAUGGGAGCUGUGAUCAAGAUCCGAUUUUUCAAAAUAAUGCUGGUUUUAAUUAUUUGUUGGUUGUCAAAUAUCAUCAAUGAAAGCCUUUUAUUCUAUCUUGAAAUGCAACCAGAUAUCAAUGGAGGCUCUUUGAAAGGUGUGAGAAGUGCAGCCAAGACCACGUGGUUUAUUAUGGGGAUACUGAAUCCAGCCCAAGGAUUCCUCUUAUCUCUGGCCUUCUAUGGCUGGACAGGAUGCAGCCUGGAUUUUCAGGCUCCCCGGAAGGAGAUCCAGUGGGAAUCUAUGACAACCUCUGUCGCUGAGGGAACUUACCCGUCCCCAGGGGGCUCCUGUGUGCCCAGUGAAAACACCACUUCCAGGAAGAUGGCACGUGUCAGUGGACACAUUUCUGACGAAGCCCUGAGCAUGCUGUCUGAAGGUUCUGAUGCCAGCACCAUUGAAAUCCAUACUACAAGUGGGUCCCGCAAUGCAAAUGAUUUGGAGCAGAGGCUCCCCAAACACGUGGAGACCUAUGAAGGGGACUUGACAGGCGACCGGCCCCCACAUUCCUCAGACUCUGCACUUUUCAUUCUUUAG